CAUCAUCAUUCCUUCCUUCCUUUCUCUUCAACAAAACAAACUUGCUUUAAACUCAAACCCCAACCACUCAGAUCAUCCAAAUUUUCACCACCAUUAUCACCAAAAUAAGCCUUCCCCAUUAUAAUUAAUGGAGCUGUUCAACAAACUCCUUUCCCACCUCUAACAUUCCUCUUCUUAUUCCUUCCUCUCCUUUCUCUCCUCCUCACCUCACCUUCCGAUCAUUCUCCGAUGGGCAACGUCACCUUCGUCUCCGGCAUUGGGAGAGUUGUUCUCUCCGACGGUUCCAUUCAAAAAUUCAACGAACCGUUCACAGCGGCCGAGCUGAUGCUCGAACACCCACGACAAGUUGUCGUUGAGAUCUGCAAAAGUACCAUCAUAAGAAAACGGCUAACUCCAUUGCCAGCCGACGAAAAGCUCGAUUCAAAGAAGGUUUAUAUGAUGCUACCUAUAAGAGGAGGCAAGCCAGCAUCAUUGUCGUCGGAGGAAAUCCGCCGUGUUCUUCUAUGUGCCAACUCGGCGUUAAGGUCGCGCUCUCUCCUUCUUUCGUCUUCUAAGGUUCUUCCUUGGUUUGCUAGGGCUGCGACGUCUGCGACAAUAACGACAACGAGAGAGGUCCAAGUGGAGAUUAAAAAGGAAGAUCUUGUGAAGAUCGAAGGAGAGGAAGAUCGAUGGGAAACGGAGAUGGCGGCGGAGGGGAGGCCGGAGUAUUUGAGCAGACAGUUAUCUGGUAGAGGUUGGAAGCCAAGCUUGGAUACAAUUAAGGAGAAGAAAUUUGAGAAGAAAUAUUCUCAUUGGUUGUUCAACUUUUGAAGGCAUUGGGAAACAUAUGUUAUAUGUGCUUUAUUAUUAUUAAGAAGGUUUCAUAUAUAAUGAAAAUAUUUGGAAAAAAAAAAUAGAGUUAAUAUAGAAUGUUACACAAGUGUUUUUUCUUUUUUUUUUUGGGGUGUGUUGUUAUGUUUAUAUUGAUUGUUAGAAGGAUUACUCAAUAUGAUAU